AUGAAUUUGAAAGCUGGUGUUCAAGAGCUUCUUGAACAAGUACGGACUUACAAUGUUUUCGCACAUGAAGAAGGAGAAUAUGGUGAUGAUGAUGAUGAACCAAGAGAUCGAGAAAAAAUUAUUCAACAUCAACGAUAUGCCACUCGGUUAUAUGUCAUUCUCUUCAUCGUGGCAUUUUAUGUUCUUAUUAUGGCUACUGUGAUGAAUCCGCAAACUCGACUGAUUACCGUCUCAGAUAUCACUCCAACUCUCUUUGAUCAUCUCCGUUCGGAUUAUAGUCAAGAUCUGUCGUGUCCUUGUUCGACAAUUAGUGUACCGUAUAAGGCUUUUGUUUCUAAUAUAGUCUCAUUUGAUCCUGUUUGUACGAGUAUUUUUACUAGUCAGCAAUGGAUUGAAGCACUCUACUUAACAAAUGCAAGUGUGUACAUAGCGUUUGAUUUCAGAGCGACUGCCAACUCUCAAUUUGAACUUCUCGCUGCUCUUUGUUCAUUCUCGAAUGAUACAAUUUCUCAGAGCAUAGCUAAUAUUGAUAAUAGUCAGCUGAUCAGUAUUCAACUCCUUUCAGAAGAUCAAGUUCAAUCUCAAGUGAAUUCGACCAUUAAAGUUAUUCAGAACAAUUUACAGAGUCAACUCACCUCGAUCCUACAGUUUCUACAAAUGACAACUCAAUCAAAUGGUUUGAUGUCGGCUCUCAAUACAGCAUUUUACUUAUCUAUCGGUUUAUUAACCGGUAACUAUGAUACAGUAUUCUACUUUCAAAGACUUUCGAACAGUGGUCCUUCCUGUGAAACAGAAAGUAUAAAAUUUCCAGCUGGUUUUUAUUCGAUUUCAUACGUAAAUCCUUUGGACUUCGCUAAUGGCUAUGAUGGUUCUCAAAAUUUCUCGAAUACUUCCGAAAUAGUCAGCGGAUUCUUUAGUGGAUGUUAUCCACUGGACGCUCUCCUUGCAAGUACACUCGAUUGUUUAUACGAUGGCAGUUGUUUUAAAGCACUCCUCAAAUAUUUUCCAGUUUUGAAUCAAGUGUGUAUGACAUAA